CUAGUAUAAGUAAGUAAAAAACAAAUGAUAAUAAGAGAAAAAAACAAAAAGGGAAGCGGGGCCGGACCAUUAAUACUUGAAGCCUUGCCCAUUGAUUCUUCUCUUCACUUGUUCAUCAUCGUCGUCGCCAUGACCAGCUCCUCCGCCUCUUCUCGCAAGACAUUAAGCAAGAUAGCAUGCAAUCGACUCCAGAAAGAGUUGGUGGAGUGGCAGGUCAAUCCUCCUGCUGGUUUCAAACAUAAAGUCACUGAUAAUCUUCAGAGGUGGAUAAUUGAAGUGAAUGGUGCUCCUGGAACGCUGUAUGCUGAUGAAACCUAUCAGCUUCAAGUUGAUUUCCCUGAACAUUAUCCUAUGGAAGCUCCUCAGGUGAUUUUUGUGCCGCCAGCUCCGUUACACCCUCAUAUCUAUAGCAAUGGGCACAUUUGCUUAGAUAUUCUCUAUGAUUCAUGGUCUCCUGCCAUGACAGUCAGUUCUAUAUGCAUCAGUAUUCUCUCCAUGCUGUCAAGUUCAACUGUGAAGCAACGCCCUGAAGAUAAUGACCGCUAUGUGAAGAACUGCAGAAAUGGCAGAUCUCCCAAGGAGACCAGGUGGUGGUUCCAUGAUGAUAAGGUGUGAAGGGUGUCCAUCCGAUCCUUAAGGCAACAUUGUUGCUUUGGCUUAUUUAAAUCAAAUGCUAAUGGAAAAACAAUUCUACAUAUCAAUGGCCACUGCCAGCGCAUAAUGUGCAGCAAAUUGGCCUUUACUGUCCAAUAGUUGUAAAUGGAGAUGAUUUUCCUUUUGAGAUCCUUGUGCAACAUUAUGUACUCUUAUGAAAAAUACAUUACAGCCUAA